UAGACAACAAUGGCGAACCGCUAUCUAAAAUAUUCGGUACCGAAAUUGAAGGCUGAAUUGGCUGCACGAGGUGCUGUUGUGAGUGGAAGGAAGACAGCACUGAUAGAAAGAUUAGAAGCAUAUCGACGGAACCAAGACUUCCGACAGCCUGCAUUGCUUAAUAGCUUACCAGAACCUUUGGCGGUCGGAUGGCCUUCUGCAGGUUUUCAGCAAUUGCACAUCCAUCACAAAAUUAUCCUUCCAAAGUUAACCACGGAGCAGAUUGAAGGUUACUUUUUGUUCAGAAUGGCAGAUGACAGACAGUCCACGGGGGACAUUAAAGCUCUACAAAAAGGAAAAGACAUGUUUCUGGCAGACCGUAUUCAGGCUUGCUCCAUGCUGAUCCAAGAACAUGUUUACAUGACUGGCAUAGUUGGGGCUGCCAUGAAAAACAAGGUUUCUUACAACUUCAAGAUGAAAAUUGAUAAACUGACAGGGGAUCCUGUCAACACGCAUUGCGAGUGUCCAGCAGGUAAAGGACCCCAUGGUACUUGUAAACACCUUGCUGCAGUACUGCUGAUGUUGCAGCAUUUCAUUAACACUGGUGAGAUACAAGUGGAGAAGUCAUGUACAGAAAGCCUGCAAACAUUCCAUAAACCAAAGUUUACCCACAAAGGUGCCCCUGUAGCUGCUGAGGAGUUGCCAUCUAAAAGGAAAACCGGGGAUGAUUUUCUUGAGGACCCAAGACCUCAGAAGUAUCGCAACACAGAAGGUUAUAAUGACUUUGUGAGAAACUGCAUCAUCAACCACUGUUCUGCAACAUCUCAAGAUGUUGCAAUGCGAUACCUUUAUAGAAGAGCAAACAUACAGGUAGCUGCACUGGACCAUGAUUAUACACCCCUUCCAUUUACUGAAUACUGGGUGGAUUCAGCUGUUCAGGUCACAGAAACGCAGGUUUCCAUUAUUGAGGAGACCACAAGGAGCCAGUCAUCCUCCAAAAUCUGGUACAAGGAGAGGGCAUGGCGACUGACAGCAUCCAGAUUUGGAGAGGUGUGUAAAAUGACACACAGGAGAAAUAUUCAGAAACUCUGUUCUUCUUUACUUAAUACAAACAAAACCUAUUCAGAAGGGAUGUCACAUGGAAAAAACUAUGAAGCUAAAGCUAUGGCAGCUUUUGAGAAAAAAAUGCAAAUCAAAACAAAGAAAGCUGGAUUUUUCAUAUAUGUACAAAAACCAUUCUUGGGUGCAACACCUGAUGCUAUCAUUGACCACAACUAUAUUGUGGAAGUGAAAUGUCCAUACAAUGGUCGCAAUGAAAAAAUCAAACCUGGGAAAAAUUUUGGUUUCUUGAUGUACAAUGAACAGGGGAAAAUUGUCUUGAAAAACAACAGUAAUUACUUUUACCAAGUUCAAGGUCAGCUUUUUAUUACAAAAAGACAAUUUUGCUUUUUUGUUGUAUACACUUUUUGUGACUUGUUUGUGCAGAAGAUAGAACUUGAACAUGAUUAUUGUUACAAUUCAAUGAUUCCAAAAUUAGAAUUGUUCUAUUCCAAAUACUUCAGACCUUUCAUUGCAUCAACUCUUUGAACUUGGUAUGUAUAUUGUAGCCAUGUACACACACAGGAUAAGUUGUGAUAACAUCAUAUCUGAGCUGUAGUAUACAGAAUCAUGCAUAUUUGUCAACAAUACAGUUUCUAAAAUUUGAGAUUGCAAAGCAUACAAAAACAAUACGUGAUCCCAACUGCAACUUACUUUGAGGCAGUUCUUUUUUCAAAAUUUUGAAGCCUUUACUUAAACCAAUGAUACGCUCAAUAUGUAUACGCUUUGAUGCUACUCUUCUGUCAUGAACAACUUCCUCAGGAUCUAGCUGUGAUUUUCCUUUCAGCAUUGUUGGUGUAUUUACAUAUACAUCAUUAGUAGCAAAGAGGUCCUGAACCAUUAUCCCACGAUCAGCCAUUAUACUGUCACCUUUAUCAAACACA